AUGAAAGUUAUGAAUAUGAAUUUUAGAAAACCCGAUAAUACCGCUGAUUUAAUUGAUAGUAUUAUAAAUAGCGAAAAUGGAAAAGUUCAAAAAUACGUUUUAGAAAGAAAAAGAAAAGAAAAGGAAUUUCUGGAGCAGAAGGAAAACAUAAAAAAGAAAUCAUUAAUGGCUCCAAAACUAAAUCAGAUGUUUGUUAAAAAUAAAAAUGAAGAUGAUAAAUUAAUUAGUGAAACUGUUGGUCUUAGGACCGUUCACGAGUAUAAAAAAAUAAAGGAUGAAAUUUAUAGUAAUAAAAAGGAUACCACUUCGAAUGAAAACAUCAAGAGGGAUAUAUAUAGCAAACAUAAACAUUUUAAAUUAUCCUUCUUCUCUGAUGAUGAGGAAGAAGAUGCAGCAUUAGACGAAGAUGCCAAUUCAAAGGUGGAUGGAGAGAUAGACGAAAAAACAUCUCAAGGAGAAAAGUUGAAAGAACAAGAAGAAGAAGAAGAACAAAACAACCAACCAACUUUCAAUGAGUUAAAUGGCACCUCUAACGAUGAGGAAAACGGCAAAAAUGACUGUGAUAAAAAUUUACAAAAAGAUAAUACAGAAAAAAAUGAUAAAGCAAAAAACGAGACAGUAACAUAUAGUAACAAAACGCAAACAAAAUAUGAAAAGAAAAACAACUUCAAAAAAAUUAUGAAAGAUCCAACUAUAAAUACAUCCUUUUUAAAAGAUAAAGAACGAGAUGAAAAAAUAGAAUUAAAAAAAAAAGAGUUAAGAGAAUUAUAUUUUAAAUUAGAAAACGAACAAAAAGAAAAAGUUAUAGAAAUAACUUAUUCCUACUAUGAUGGUUCUGGCCAUAGAAGAAAAAUUUCAGUUAAACAAAAAACAACUAUAGGACAGUUUAUAAACAAAUGUGUUGAUAAUUUAAAAAAUGAGUUUAUUCAUUUAAGGUCUGCAUCUUGUGAAACAUUAAUUUUUGUAAAAGAGGAUAUUAUUCUUCCAAAUUAUUUAACAUUUUAUGAAUUAAUUAAAAAUAAAGCUCAAGGAAAAACAGGACCAUUAUUUUCUUUUGACGCAGUGGAAAAUUUAUCAGGAAUUACGGAUAUAAGAAAAGAAAAGACAGAUACUCACGCGGGUAAGUUAGUAGAAAAAAAGUGGUAUGAAAAAAAUAAGCAUAUAUUUCCUGCCUCUAAGUGGGAAAUUUAUAAGCCCUUGAAAACGUACACAACUAGCUAUACAGAUCUGUUUAAUAAUUUCAUAUAG